GAUGACGCACGAGAAACGUCAGCAGCACAACACUCCCUCAGCUGCCAAGCUCAGCCUCUCAGGGUCCGGGGCCCGGGUUCUGUCAGUGAUGCUGACACUUUUUAUUUGAUCGCAAUGAAACUGCUGCAGGAAUAACUCACGUACGGGGCCGCGGCUGCUGCAGCGCUUCUCUGCACCGUGCGGUGUCGGGGGCCUGCGUGUGAGCGGAUAAUAGAUCCCUCGAUGCUUAGAUAUAUCUGAAGACAUCUCAUAAUGGACACUUGCACAAGAAAACAGGGAUGCCAAACAAAGCCAAAAUUAUCAAUGAGAAAGGAAAAAAUAAGUGAUGCUUUUCUGAUGUCACUGAGGUCAUUGUUGGAAAGCAAGAAAGAACUGUGCAGAAUUACAGAGGGAUUAAAAGGUGUCAAGAAAGAAAAUGUUAUGGAGCUUACAUUUCUUGGACUUUCUGAAGAAUCUGAGCCUCUUCGGGAUGUUGAAGCUUUACACUUGGAUCUGCCAGAACUGAUUAGAUCACUUCAUCUCUGCAGUUUAAAUGACUGUGAAGUUAUUCUGCUAAAGGAUAGCAAAGAAGGUACAACCCAGGGUUGUUUUUCUGGAGCACUGUGUGUCAUGUCACCUCCUAACUUCCCAUAUUUAAAAAGUGAUUUCCUAUUUAAUCUGAUGAGCAAAUACACAACUGGAAUAAAGUAUACAAUGGAUCAUCAGCUCUCGAGUGACACACUUAGAAAAGCUUUGCACAGUGAGGAAGAUGAUACAAACCAGUCUGUUUCCUCAAUUGAGGAUGAUUUUGUAACCGCUUUUGAACAUCUGGAUGAAGAGGAUUUAGCUGCAAGUGGAGGCCAAGAAAGAGAACAUGAAAUAAUGAAAAGUCAACGUGAUGCUGCAUCCCAAACACAGCCAGCUCACUGUGUAGACAUCAGAGGUUCAAAAAUUAUAUUUAGCUCCCUGCGCAGAAGAUCAUCCUUAAAGUCAGCAACUUUAAUGGGCCUUAUGGGAUUUCCAGAUUUAUCAGCAUCUGUUAAAAAUACAGUCACAUCAUCAGUGUGUGAUUCCUAUAAGCAAAUGAGCUUUUCUGUCCAGGACAAACCAGUGUUCACACCCCCUUCUGCUGAGUCUUCAGAAUCGGAGUGUUCAAGCCCCAGUCCUAUUAUAUUCUUAGACGAGGAAGGAUAUCAGAAAAGUCUGAGAGCUAAACUUAAUUUGCCAAAGAUUCCUAUUGUGAAGGAUGACAUAGAAGACUCUGACUCAGAGCUCAGUGAAUUUUUUGAUAGUUUUGAUCAAUUCGAUGAAACCGAGUCAACGCUAUUAAGCCAUGAGAAGCCUACACUCAAAACUGCUCUGGCCAGUCCACCUAAAAAAAGAAAAUGUGUUGCGAUGAAUCCUCAGAAAUUUAAGUCUGAUCACAUUAUGUUAUCAGCAAAUGUUAAAAAACCGACUCCAAGAAAACCCGAAUCACCAUACAGUAACAUAGGUGAAGUGACAGAUACUCCACGCCCUGUGAAAGCAACUGUGGAAGAUUCUGCUUCUUUAUUUAGUCCCAUCAGAUCUUCUGCUUUUAGCCCCCUUGGUAUUUCCACACCCGCUGAGUGCUUAUAUACCCUGGAAUACAAUGGGCAUGCUCCAGAGGAAGACAGGGUUUACAGUACUUACAGCAAUUAUGCAAACUGUGUAUGUUCUCAGAUGUUUGAUUCAGUGCUUAAUACCAAGCCACCUAUCAACCAUGAAUUGUCAAAAAAAGGAGUGGAAAAAAGCACAACACUUAAACGAAAAUCUUAUAACAAAGAAUCAGAGCGAAAACUGAGGUCAAAGCAAAAAAAUGCCAAGAGUGGCAUUCAGAAAUUUGCUUCUGAACUAGUUGAAAAAAGCUUAGGAAAUGCAUUUAAGGAUUUGCAAAGGGGUGUUUCGACUUGCACUAGUGCCCUCUGCCAGCUAGCUGCCAGGUUAACAUCAUAUGUGUUUCAAAUGGCUUUCUAUGAAAUUAGGAGGAUGCAAGCAUUUUCAAUUAAGAAACGAGCCAUUAAUAGUUUAGCAAACUUAAUGGCCAGUGAAGUUAUUACCAGUGCGCUACAAGAGAUUCGUUGUAUAAAAAAACAAAUGGUUACCAAUGCAGUCACACGGUUCGCUGCUGAUCUUGCAGAGGAGCUGGUUUUUGAGGGGAUUAUGGAAGUUUGCCAGUUUUCACAUCCACCAACUCCUGUUGCUGCAAAUUGGCAGACAUUUGAUUAUGACGAUGCCAUUGUAAGUUCCUAUGCAAAAGAUCUGUCCGAAUCUGUGAUUCAGGAGGCAUUUAUUGAAUUAUCCCAGGUUAAUGUGAUUUUCACCACCCAAGCGGCUAUUAGUGUUUCCUUGGACAAUCUUAAGUAUGUGAACUCAGAAAGUAUUAUGCAAUCCACUCACACCUCUGUAACCUUUCCUCAUUUACCCAGCAUGAUCCAAUCUCCAUUGGCAACAGAGCAUGACAUGGAAAGUGAUUAUACAGUACAGAAUGCAUUGUUGUUUACAUCUGGACUUAUAAGUUCAGUCCCAGUUCCUGUUGCUGCCAAAGCACUAACUUUAUGUAAAAUCUCAAAUGAGGCUUUGGGAAAGGAGGAUGGUGUGGAUGCAUCAGUGCAUGGUGAUAUGAAUAGCAAUACUGUAGAUUGUUACAGUCUCUCCACAAAAUGUAAACAUGCAAUGCCCACCACAAAAACAAUACUGCCCUUCUCUGGCCACAGUAUUUCUCAAUGUCAACAAGAGAAGCAACAUUUACAGUUUAAGAAGCUAAAUGAGGAUAACGAGGAGGUGAAAGCUUUCUCUGUGUCAAUGGUAGAUAUGAUGGUAAAUGAAGCAUAUGAUGUAAUAUCAUCUUCUAAAGAAACACGUUAUGCAGAGGUUUUAGCCCAAAACAUUGUUCCUUCGCAGCAAAUCUUGCUAGAUAAAGAGCAAUCAAAACUGAAUUUUGCAGAUGGCCUGGCAAAGUGCAUAUUACAAAAUUCAAUAGGUGAGAGUAGCUGCACAAUUUCAGACAGAUGUAUGCCUCCAAGACUUAAAUCUGACUUUGUAGAUUCUACAGCAGAUAAAAACAGGCAUGCUGUGGAUGACUCUGAAAUAUGCACAAAUCUACAACAAAAUGCAGAGCAGCAGCUUUUAUUUAUGAAGUAUAGCCUUCCCCAAAAUUCUGUAUCUCAAAAUACUAGAUUUACUACAAAACCUUCCCAAAAAUACAGAGGUGAGUAUGGAGGGGCAUUUUCUAAAAGAAUAGGUGUGGGGAAUUCAGAUGUUUCUUUCAACAAACUGAGUUCAGAAGGCAUAACUUCAAAAAGAAAUGUGCAAAGUAGAGAUACUUCAUACUCAUCCAUUUUUGGACUUCAGACUUGUCUUUCUCACAUUAAUAAUUUCUCCUCAGUCAUGUGCAGUUGUGGUGAUGAUUUUAGUGAAGAGAAAACAAGUCAACGUGACUCCAGUAUGACAACAGUACCUAAUGCACCGCCCCCAACUCCUUUAGCUUCCUUUGAAUUAAGCCCCGAAAGGAGCAUGAAAAAGCUUAGUAAGAAACUCAAAGGGCAACUAGCGAAAGAGUUUUAUCCAGCUACUCCGCCAUCUACACCCCAUUUGGUCACCUCUGAGCACGAUAGCAUAAAGAAAGAUGAUUUUUUGCUUAAAGUCAUGCGGUCAUUAUCAGAAGAAGUUGAAACUUCUAGCAGUGAUGGCAGUUCUGAAGAUUUUUAUGAAGAUAUUGACGUUUCUGAAGAAACAUAUCAGUAUGCUGACUAUUUGUCAACAAAUAUCUUAUCUGUAGCCACUGAAAUGGCUGCAGAUGUUUUAGCUGAUAAAUCCGUUCACAGAUCGUCUGCAAAAAACAAGUCUCUUUUACGAGUAUUGAGUGAUAAAUGGGAAUACCCUGCAUACAUGAGAAAUGUUUCUGAGGAAACAUUGAAGACGCUUUGCAAAUACGCAGGUGUUAUAGCUGGAGAAGUCCUUAAUGAUGCAAAGAAAGUUGUGGGCAAGAAACACAAUACAAAGUUGAAAUCGAUUUUUGAUGCUGAUUGCUGUCAUUGUAGAACGCACCCUAGAGACUGUAGGCCAAAUGAAAAAGGUUGCAUUUGCACAAGUAUGAAUUUUAAAGAAUCUGAUCCUUCCACUCUUUCUGUUGCUGCCGGUCUGACCUCCAAAUACCCAAGCUGUGAAAGUGUGACUGAGGAGUAUGCUGAUCAUAUUAUACGAGUUCUAAAAAUGGAAGGAGGAAACCAUGAGUUAAUAAUUGAUCAGUAUGCCAGUCGAUUAGUUUAUAGAGCUGUGAAGUCUGGCUUACAACAAGCUUCAAAAUCAAUUAAACUCAAAUGCAAUAGGAAACCAGCACCCAGAAGAAACUCAGAAGCUAAUAGUAUGCAGGAGCUUCUCAGGCUUUUAAGCAUGACACAGCACCAAGAGCGGGAAAAGCAAAGAAGGAAAAGCAUUUCAAGCCAUACCUUUGGUGAGGAAUCUUCUGGACAUGGCAAAGAUUCCCAUAGACCAGAGUUCACAGGCAUGCUACGUUUUGCAGAAUCUCUUGCCCAUACAAUAACUUGUGAUGUUAGGAAAAAUCUAAAAAUAUCGACUGUUUCUCUUCCCAAAUCACUGACUGAUUCAUGUCUGUAUACAAAAUCAAAAACUGAUGAGGCAACUGGUGACCUUGCUAGAAGAAAUGUUUCCGAGAGUCUCAUUCCAUAUUCACAGACAAAUAAACUAUAUCAUAGCACUGGCAGCCUUAAUGAUGGUCUUAAAGUAGGUGUCCUUCAAGCAAUUGAGCAAUAUGCUUGUAAAGUCGUUGAUAGUACCAUUGAAUUUACCUUGGAAACAGGAAGACUUAGAGGUUUAGAAAACCGGAAAAACAAUGAUAAAGUGUCACAUACUGGGAAGCCAAUUCAUUCGUAUGGACCUGUUUGUAGAGUUUGCAGUGCAAAAGAACAAGGACAUACUCCGUCGUCUUGCCAUUUUCUCUUGGGGCCUGAUGUAUCUAAAAGAAUGAAACAAUGUUCAAGGUCAAAACACAACAAUGGUCAUAAAUCAAAACUUUUUAAUCAUAACAUACCUAAAAUUCAUAUUGAUUUUGAUAAGAGGGCGAUAUUUGCAGAUAAAGUAGUUAGUGCUGCUAUAGAAAAAGCAGAGCGUGAGCUGAGCAACACAAGUUUGGCUGCCGAUAGUGGUAUUGGGCAAGAUGGGAUCAGCUUUGCAGAUAGUCUCACCUCAGAAAUAAUGAUGUGUGCUAUGAAGAACAUUGGACAUGUUGUUAAUCAAAGUUCUGAUGGCAAAGAUGGAUUCCAGUCAGCCGAAUCUGUUACUAGCCAGCAGACAAGUGUCAGUGUUGGGGAUGACAGUACUGGCAGCUGGUCCAAUCUGAGUUUUGAAGAUGAGAGCAGCAGUUUCCUUCACCUCAGUGACAGUAAUGGUAACAGCAGUAGCUGGAGCAGUCUUGGCUUGGAAGGAGACAUGUAUGAAGAGAAUCUUUCCUUUCCACCAUCAGACAGUGAUGGUGCAGAAGACAGAGAUGAAAAUCGUGAAGCCGCUGCAGGAGGUAACCUCAACCAUAUGCUGUCCUUCCAGGCUGCCCCAGGACAACUGUGCAAGACUUUACUAAUUAGAAAUGUUGAUAUGGGACCUUAUGUAAUAGAGUCCCAGCUGAGGACAACCUUACAAUGGAUUGUUGCUUCUGAGGCUGGCGUCUCUGAGCUGCACUUUGUGGAAGGGGACAAAAAAGAGCUUUUGGCUGUUUCCAGAAGACUGGUAGAAAAAGGCUGGAGUGUUGGUGAUCUCUUGCAAGCUGUUGUUCAUUAUUGUGAAAUCAUCGAAAAGCUACCCAGUUUUCAUAAACCUUUGUUUGGGUGGCUUUUGGAUCAUUCAUAAAAAAGGGCACUUUAUACAAUUUUAUAACCUGAAGAUGUAAGAAAUGUGAAGUUACAAAUCUGCUGAUGGCUCUAUAACUUGCAGUAUUUAAAUACGCAAUUAAUAUAGCUUGCAUUGUGGAAUAUUGUCAGUAUAUUUAUUUUGAAUUCAUAUCUGUGUGGUGCUUACCAAGAUAAUGCAAGUAAAUGUGUGUUCUUGGUAAUAACCAAAAAUAUAAACUAGCACUUUUAUCCACUACGUGACAGUUUUGUAGGAGGCACAUCACUUUCAAGAAACAGACGACUUUGUAGAUGAGAUUCAGCACCAGUUUUGCAAUGUCUCCCCCAUUCAUAGCUGUGUGCCCCAAUAGAUUGCAAUAUUCCUUUCAUGCUUGUGUUUUAUGACUAUGGCUCAUGUCACUCAAUUUGCAUAUCUAACAACUGUAGUUUAUAUUUGGGGAAAAAAAUUGUUGUUUGUGAAAGUGUCGCUACAAGUAUCAUGGUUAUUACAAAUCAUUUCUCAUUUUUUGUCCCACUUAUUGUACUUUGCACCAAGUGUGUCUGUAAAAUAUCGAUAUUGUAUGAAAUUAGUGACCUAUAUUUGCUAUAUAUUUUGCUUGUACAUUUACAAAAAUGUACAUAUUAAUAAAAAUGACUGUAAAUUUUGAAACCUUAACUAACUGUUACCCCCCCCUCCUUUUUUUUUUUUAUUAAAGCACUGUUUGUAGUCUA